AUGUCUAAACCACGUAUCGCCCUUCUGGGAACAUGCGAUACAAAAUUAGAAGAAACCUUAUACCUACGAGAUCAAAUCAUCAAGGCUGGAGAAGCCGAAGUACUUUUACUCGAUGUCGGCCGGACACCAGUACAAAACAGUGACAUAGACAUCCUCAGUUCCACACUUGCGCUUCGCAAAUCUAUUGAUGGGCCAUCCUCCAUGGUUCAAAUGUCUCGAGCAGAUUACAUCAAGUACAUGAUCGAAUGUGCAACACCCUUUGUGGCAGAGUUGUUUCAAAAGGGGGAAAUCCACGGUAUUGUAUCGGCUGCCGGUUCUAGCGGCACAUCACUCGUCACCGCAGUGAUGCGGAAUGCGUUGCCGGUUGGAUUCCCGAAAUUGAUGGUCUCGACAAUGGCCAGUGGAGAUGUGUCGCAUCUCGUCGAGGAGACGGAUAUCACUCUGAUGUAUAGCGUUGUAGAUAUUGCGGGCACGAAUUCCGUUCUCAAUCAGAUACUUACAAAUGCUGCUGCGGCAAUCGCAGGCGCAGCAACAGCAUAUUACCGAAGUCAGAUUGAGAAUGCCUCUAGAAAUACAGGCGCAGAGCAGCGAAAGAAGAGGAUAGCAGUUACCAUGUUUGGAGUCACCACCCCAUGUGUCGACGCUAUUAGGGAGUAUCUAGAGUCGGAAUACGCCUACGAGGUAUAUGUCUUUCAUGCCACUGGUGCUGGCGGCAAGGCUAUGGAGAGAUUGAUCCGAGACCGUCAGAUAGACGCCGUGCUCGACAUGACGACGACUGAGAUUGCCGAUGAAUUGGUUGGAGGCGUCCUAUCUGCAGGACCGCAACGAUUGUCUGCAGCAGCGGAAGCUGGAAUACCGCAAGUCAUAAGCGUGGGAGCUUGCGACAUGGUGAACUUUGGGCCUAGAGAUACGGUGCCUGCAGAAUUCGCGUCUGCAGACAACCAGCGUUUAUUGUAUGAGCACAAUCCAGCGGUCACAUUGAUGCGAACGACACCGCAAGAAUGCACCCGUAUCGCCGAAUUCAUAGCGUCCAAGUUACGAGACCGAGCCGUCCGGCCGGACUUGGUGAGGAUCCUCCUACCUACUGGUGGUAUCAGCAUGAUUUCUACUCCGUCGCAGCCAUUUUAUGAGCCAAAAUCAGAUGCCGCUCUGUUCGACACCAUAGAGCGUCAACUAGAAGGAAGCGGCAUUGAAGUGAGGCGUGACGACCAAGACAUCAAUAACAAGGGCUUCGCUCUGUUGGCGGCAGAUUUACUGGUAGAAAUUAUACGCAAGAAAGAGGCCGAAGAGCAUAGUGAUGGAAGUAGAGAUGUGAAGUCACGGAGCGAAAUGUCAGCCAUUUGA